AUGAACCACUCCCAACUGCGCACUCGCUUUACAGGCGGAUAUGAGGCCAAGGCGGAGUGUCAGGCUGAAGUAGAUGAGGUGUACGCAGCCUUGGCCCAACUGGUGCAUGCCGUUGAUGUGGGAGAGGUAGCGUUCGCAGAGAAUGCCACCCGAGCGUACGACUACCUGCUGCACACCGUCACAGUCAACUCUCACGCAUUGAAAGACGCAGUACACGCGGACGCUCCCGUGACUCCCUCUGAACGGGCGUUGAUUGGGCGUGAUAGCGUGCUGAUCACAACUGCGUGUGAGUACGGCAGCAACUACACGGCACUGCUGCAGGUGUCCAACCGCACAGGGGCGUCUCUGCGGUGUGUGCGCAAGGAGAGCUCGGGGGUGUUGUCGUUGGCCCAUCUGCAAGAGCUGUUGGAAGAGUGUGGGGACAGGGUGGCGUUGGUGUCGCUGUGCUGGGUUCCCACUAAUGGAGGGCUCGUGCAGCCGGCCGCAGAAGUGGGUGCGCUCUGCAAGAAGUACAAUGUACUGUAUCUGCUGGACGCGUGCCAGGCGGUAGGUCAGAUCGAUGUGGAUGUGCAGCACCUGCAAUGCGACGCUCUGGUCACCACUGCACGCAAGUUCCUGCGGGGGCCACGUGGUAUGGGGUUCAUGUAUGUGCGGAGGGGGUCUGUGUUUGCACGUGCUGAGCCUAUCUUCCUGGACCUUGCCACGGCCACGCUGCGUAAGCCGACGCCGCAACGAUCGCAAGGUAGUAGGACUGAUGUCCUGGGGAUCAGCGGGCCAACUGGUACCGCUUUGAGUGGGCUGGUCGAAUCGGGAUUGAGUGACGGUGAUAAGACGAAUGUUGAGCUUCAAUUGGGAGAAAAAGACGUAUUUGAUACAGACCCACGCCCCGCACGUAGGUACGAGAAUUGGGAACGCAACUAUGCUGCAUGGCUGGGCUUGGGCGAAGCGGCGAGAUACGCUCUUUCUAUUGGCCUUCCUAAAAUAGAACAGAGAGUGCGAUUCCUCGGCGGGAUGUUAAGAAGUACACUGAAUGCGAUCGACAUCAAGUACAGAGUAGUCUCCAGAAGUGCGGAACAUUCUGCUGUACCAUCCCAGAAUAUUGAAAUGCCUGAGGAAGCGCGCGAAGAAUCGGCGGUGCAGGUGAUGUGCCUGGGGGAGGCCCACUUGCAAUGUGGAAUUGUGUCGUUUGUGGUGAAUGGUCUGAGUGCUACCCAGGUCAAAGACACACUCAGCGAAACGUACGCCGUCAAAGUAAGCGUGUCUCCUUUCACGUCGACCUUCCGAGAUAUGAACGAGCGUGGAUUGUGUGACGUGGUGAGGGCUAGUGUGCACUACUUUAAUACCGAGCAGGAAGUGCGGUACUUUGCCGAGUGUGUGCGGCAGAUAGCGGAAGACGCGAACCAUCCGUGA